ACGCAAAGCAAAAACAAGAGCCUGAGUAGCCGUUGAAAAGAGAAAGAGAGACUGAGCGAGGAAUGAAUUCCUCGCUGAUGCUUCGUCGUUUUUGCUGUUUCAAUACUUCUUCUUCUUCUCUCAACUCCUCUUCAAAGAAGAAGCCCCUUGUCUUCUUGGGCUCUCCUCAGGUCUCUACAACAGUCCUUGAUGCCCUUUUCAAUGUAUCUACUGCUCCAGACUCCUUAUUUCAGGUUGCAGCAAUUGUUACUCAACCACCUUCUAGAAGGGAUAGGGGGAAAAAGGUGAUGCCUUCUCCAGUGGCACAGUAUGCUCUCGACAGAGGCUUCUCUUCUGAUCUCAUUUUCACACCUGAGAAGGCUGGAGAGGACAUGUUCUUGUCAAAUUUGAAAGCUUUACAGCCGGAACUCUGCAUUACAGCAGCAUACGGAAAUAUUUUACCCAGAAAGUUUCUCAAUAUUCCACCAUUGGGGACAGUGAAUAUACACCCUAGUCUGCUGCCGCUGUACCGUGGUGCUGCUCCUGUUCAAAGAGCAUUACAGGAUGGAGUUAAAGAAACAGGAGUAUCAUUGGCAUUCACUGUGCGUGCACUUGAUGCUGGACCUGUCAUUGCCUGUGAAAGAUUGGAAGUUGAUGAUCAAAUUAAGGCCCCUGAUUUACUUGAGUUUCUAUUUUCUAAAGGAUCUGAACUUCUAAUCCGUGAACUUCCGUCUAUAUUGGAUGGAUCAGCUAAGGUGAAAGCAAAACCUCAAGAUGACUCUAAAGCUACCUCAGCUCCAAAGAUAACUCCUGAAGAAUCCUGGCUAUAUUUUGAUAAAGAAGCUUUAGUUCUACAUAAUAAGGUUCGUGCAUUUGCAGGAUGGCCAGGAACUCGAGCUAAAGUUGUAGUUAUUGACAAUAAAAAUGGUCACCACAAUAUUUUAGAGCUUAAAAUUAUAACUACAAGAGUUUGCAGCCAUAACAAUGUUCAGGGAAAUGAAGUCGAUGAUGUUACUUUUGUCAAGGAUGCCUUGGCAUUUCCAUGUGCAGGGUGCACGACACUUGAGGUUUUGGAAGUUCAACUUCCUGGGAAGAAGGUGAUUAGUGCAGCUGCCUUUUGGAAUGGCUUGCGAGGUCAAAAGGUGAAAAAGUUAUGACAGAGGGAUCAUUUUUUUGCAGGUGGCAUUUAAGAUUUUGGUUGAGGUUUAGGUUAGGAAAAUUUGUGGUGUAUAAUCAUUUCUCUGUCAUUUUGUGUGUUUGUGCUAUUGUCCAUUCUUUUCAAUUCAUUUUCAACUAACCAAAAAAUUUCCUCCGCAGGAAAUCAUUAAUUUUGUUUAAACAAUGGCUAUAUUGGAACCUUUCUUAGAGCUUA